GGCCGGCGAGAAACCGGAAGCCGGAGCCGGAAGCGAGGCAGAGGCCCGCUCUCCAGUGGCGUCUCCCGCUAGCAGCUGUCGCGGAGCUGUCAUGCGAGGCCUCGGGCCAGGCUUGAGGGCUCGGCGCCUGCUCCCACUGCGGUCCCCGCCGCGGCCUCCGGGGCCCCGGGGACGUCGGCUGUGCGGCGGGCUCGCGGCCAGCGCCAUGGACGAGCUGCUGCGGCGAGCCGUGCCCCCGACGCCGGCCUACGAGCUGCGCGAGAAGACGCCGGCGCCCGCCGAGGGCCAGUGCGCCGACUUCGUGAGCUUCUACGGCGGCCUGGCCGAGGCGUCCCAGCGCGCCGAGCUGCUCGGCCGCCUGGCUCAGGGCUUCGGCGUGGACCACGGCCAGGUGGCCGAGCAGAGCGCCGGGGUGCUGCAGCUGCGCCAGCAGGCGCGCGAGGCGGCCGUGCUGCUGCAGGCGGAGGACCGGUUGCGCUACGCGCUCGUGCCGCGGUAUCGCGGCCUCUUCCAUCACAUCAGCAAGCUGGACGGCGGCGUGCGCUUCUUGGUGCAGCUGCGGGCCGAUCUGCUGGAGGCGCAGGCCCUCAAGCUGGUGGAGGGGCCGCACGUCCGGGAAAUGAACGGAGUGCUCAAAAGCAUGCUGUCUGAGUGGUUCUCCUCCGGCUUCCUGAACCUGGAGCGGGUCACCUGGCACUCACCCUGUGAGGUACUUCAGAAGAUCAGCGAGUGUGAGGCUGUGCACCCUGUGAAAAACUGGAUGGACAUGAAGCGGCGUGUGGGGCCCUACCGGAGAUGUUACUUCUUCUCCCACUGCUCCACCCCCGGGGAACCCCUGGUGGUUCUGCAUGUGGCUCUGACUGGUGACAUUUCCAACAACAUCCAGGGCAUUGUGAAGGAGUGCCCUCCGACUGAAACCGAGGAGAGGAACAGGAUCGCCGCUGCCAUCUUCUACUCCAUCAGCCUGACCCAGCAGGGCCUGCAGGGGGUGGAGCUCGGGACCUUCCUCAUAAAGAGAGUGGUCAAGGAGCUGCAGAGCCAUGAUUAAGCUGUGCCCUGUGGUAACACAUUUUUGCCUGACCCUGCUGUGCCCUCUGCGGAACAGUCAUGAGCCACUGGGCGUCCAUGUAUCAAGCAAGCAUCCAAGCCUGGCUCUCUGGCUCUGAGCAAGCUCACUGCUGACCUCUGCUUCACUAUUGUGGCAAUGGUGUGGCUGGAGCUAUCAUGGUUAUAGGCUGAUGUUGGCAAUGCAAGAUGCCUCCCGCCCGGCACUGACGGUCACCAGAGUCCUCAUGAAUGUGGUUUGAAGGAGCGUGCAGCGAUCCUGUCAGCUGGCCCUGCUGCCUGCACACAUAGGCCGUGUUGGGAGUGUUCCUGUGUGUCCCACCCUGCUGACCCUGUGUUCUCUGCCUUCCCUCCCCCGCCCACCUGCAGAAGGAAUUUCCUCAGCUGGGGGCCUUUUCAAGCCUGUCGCCUAUCCCUGGAUUCACCAAGUGGCUGCUGGGCCUCCUGAAUGUGCAGGGGAAGGAGCAUGGGAGGAACGAACUAUUCACAGACUCAGAGUGCCAAGAAAUCUCAGCGGUUACCGGCAACCCUGUUCACGAGAGCCUCAAGGGGUUCCUGAGCAGUGGUGAGUGGGUGAAGUCAGAGAAGCUGACGCAGGCGCUGCAGGGGCCACUAAUGAGGCUGUGUGCCUGGUACCUGUACGGUGAGAAGCACCGAGGCUACGCCCUCAACCCAGUGGCCAACUUCCAUCUGCAGAAUGGGGCUGUGAUGUGGCGUAUCAACUGGAUGGCUGACAGCAGCCUCAAAGGCCUCACCAGCUCAUGCGGCCUCAUGGUCAACUACCGCUACUACCUGGAGGAGACAGGCCCCAACAGUAUCUCCUACCUGGGCUCCAAGAACAUCAAAGCUUCCGAGCAGAUCCUCAGCCUGGUAGCCCAGUUCCAGAACAACAGCAAACUCUAGGGACAGCCUUCCCAAAGCUUGGGCCCCUUCUUAGAAAGGAGGCUGUGUUCUGAUGGGCCAGGCUUACUUACCACAGAAUCCUUUUCAGGGAGGCCACAGCGGUGCUGUCCUCUGACCUCAGCAGGCACUCAGGAGGCCACACCUUGGCUGUCACUGUGGUGGCCCACUCACUGCUAGGAGGCGGUGGCGGACUGGGUGCUGGGGUUCCGGGGAUCCCACUGUGCUGCUCCCCCACAGCCUGUGCCUUCAGAAAGCUCUACAGAUGCCACCACAGGCCACCCAGGACACAGCCCAGAGCACAGACCUUUUGGAGUAUGAAGAGCUGACAGUCAUGUUCUCUCUAUUUGGGAGAGGACUAAGAUCUGUACUGUGGCUAAUACCGCAGCUUAAAGCUCAGACUAGAGAGAGUUUGUGCCGUGCACAGGGUGUGUUUGGCACCUCAGGGAUGCUGCUGCUGCUUGAGGCCAGAGUUGGCUUACAGGGUUUAAAUGAGAUCCCAGUUCAUAAUGAACUGAACGGUAAAGAACAGAUUUGUUCUGUAAGCAUUAAACAUGAUUGUUCACUGUA